ACAUGGUACCAAUCACAAGUCUUGUUAUUUUGUUUCAUUAUCAGAAAGAUAGUCUACCAAAUAUGAAAAUGCUGGAAGGAGCAAGAUAGCUUUGAUCCAGGGAGACCUUUUCUAUUUAUGUGCUUUAGUAAUCUGCUGCCAACAAGCUAUCUUCUUUAUGUUCUUUUACGACUGAUGUUGUUUUGUUUUCUCAUGUUUGUCUCUUAAUAGACAAAUGGAGGCAUGAGCUUUCUUAGAAUUACUCCUUCGAUGCAUAGUUCUGUUUCAUUUGGACUUUUGAGGCUUAGUAUCUUUCUACUACUUAGCUUUCCUGACUCAAACGGAAAAGCCAUUUGGACAGCUCACCUGAAUAUAACAUUUCAGGUUGGAAAUAAGAUCAUAUCAGAAUUAGGAGAGAGUGGAGUGUUCGGGAAUCAUUCUCCUCUGGAAAGGGUGUCUGGUGUGGUGGCACUUCCUGAAGGAUGGAAUCAGAAUGCCUGUAAUCCUUUGACCAAUUUCAGCAGGCCCGAACAGGCAGACUCUUGGCUGGCCCUCAUCGAACGUGGAGGCUGUACUUUUACACAUAAAAUCAACGUGGCAGCAGAGAAGGGAGCAAAUGGGGUGAUCAUCUACAACUAUCAAGGUACGGGCAAUAAAGUAUUUCCCAUGUCUCACCAGGGGACGGAAAAUAUAGUUGCGGUGAUGAUAGGCAACCUGAAAGGCAUGGAAAUUUUGCACUUGAUUCAGAAAGGAGUCUAUGUGACAGUCAUCAUUGAAGUGGGGAGGAUGCACAUGCCAUGGGUGAGCCAUUACGUCAUGUCUCUAUUUACCUUCCUGGCUGCCACAAUUGCCUACCUUUACUUAUAUUGUGUCUGGAGACCUAGACCUAGAGUGCCCAAUUCUUCCACCAGGAGGCGAAGUCAAAUAAAGGCAGAUGUGAAGAAAGCUAUUGACCAGCUUCAACUACGAGUUCUCAAAGAAGGGGAUGAGGAAUUAGACCCAAAUGAAGACAACUGUGUUGUUUGCUUUGACACUUACAAACCCCAAGAUGUAGUACGCAUUUUAACUUGCAAACAUUUGUUCCAUAAGGCGUGCAUUGACCCCUGGCUUUUAGCCCAUAGGACAUGUCCCAUGUGCAAGUGUGACAUCCUGAAAACUUAAGAAAUCUGGAGAAUUUUCUGAAGAUGUAACCAGAUCUUUCCAAAUACAAAGAUUAGAUAAAUUCUCUUAUUGUACUUUAUGUAGAGAGAAAAUUUCAGCUUCUCUACCCAAGUACAAACAAGGGUGAAAUUUGUGUUUUAAAAAUAAAACUCCUUAUCAUGCCCAGC